AUGGCCAAUUACUUUGUCAACCUUACCUGCACCGAAGUGGGACCAUAUUGUCCUGUCGAAGACACGAUCUACGGCUACUACCCGUCUCUGCCACUCAACGCCUUUUUCACAGCCAUUUUCGCCGCCUUUGCGAUAUUCCACAUCAUCGCGGGAGUCCUCACCAAGACGUGGUUUCUGGCUUGGGUCCUCACGGUAGGGUCUAUCGCGGAAGCAAUCGGCUAUGGCGGUCGGAUCAUGCUCCAUGAGAAUCCAUACGGCAACACGGCGUUCAGCAUCCAAGUCAGCACCCUCAUCUUUGCGCCUAGCUUCGUUGCGGCUGCGGUGUAUAUCACUUUGAAGGAUAUUGUCAAUACUUUCGGCUCCGAGACCAGUGUCCUGAAACCGGCGUACUACACUUGGAUUUUCAUUUCCUGCGACAUUGUCUGCCUUGUACUGCAGUCGGUUGGAGGUGGCAUGGCUGGAGGCGCGGGAUUCAAUCGGCAGCGACGGCAAACCGGAACGGACAUGAUGAUUGCGGGCGUGGUGUUGCAGGUGGUUGUCCUGCUCGUUUUCGCUGCGCUGGUCUGGCUGUAUGCCGUACGGACCCGGAAGAAUUGGGCAAACGUCGCACAGCCUGCGAAGGCGCUCCUGCAGGAGAGAAAGUUCCGUUCAUUCCUGAUCGCUGUCGCUGUGGCCUAUUCGGCCAUCUUCCUGCGCUGUCUGUACCGCAUACCGGAGCUCGUCGGAGGUUGGGCGAAUCCGAUCAUGCAGCACGAAUCCAGUUUCGCAGUCCUCGAGGGCGGCAUGAUUGUCAUUGCGGUAUUGGCCUUUACGGUCUGCCAUCCCGGCUUCUGCUUCCCGCAGACUGCGAAGAGCAAAGACUCCGCCGAAUCAGCAGCCUCUGCCGAGGCAUCUGCGGAGAAGGGAGACAGAGUGCCAUCGCACGAGAGCUGA